AUGGAACCACCAUCUAUUAACCAUGCCCCAUUCCACAACGCCCCAUCAAUGAAGAAUACCUUGAGUACUGUAGGAACGCUGACAAAGGUCUCGGCCAAUUUAUCCCACCGCAAUUCCUUAACAACAACAACUACAACAGCUACACCGCUUCAAACGACCCCGCCUCGAAAGCAUAACGUCCUUACGAAGGAGCCUAAGAACAAUGUACCCAGUCUUGACGGCUCACGCAUUCCACCAAGGGCUGCGGUACCGUAUACAACGGCGGGAGCUGAUGAUUCAGAAACAUAUCCUCAUUGGAUGGCAGGGUUCUGCAUUGAGCCUCGAGGUGAUGCUUUGACAUGCUUUCAAGCUGUGUUUUGCCCUUGCUUUCUCUAUGGCAAAACUCAGUGGCGUAUAAAACGAUUUAGUAGAGGCCAGAAUGGUUUCGACGAUGCCUGGGAAACUUCGGAAGGAUGCAACGGUUAUUGCCUGGGCUGCCUCGGAGUUCGAAUCGUUUUCCCUCUGUUCAGCUUUGUCCCUAUCAUGAUGCUAAGGACCUCGGUGCGUGGUGUGUAUGGUAUUGCAGGGAACAAUGCUGAUGACUGUCUCAUUUCAUUCUUUUGUCAACCAUGCGUUCUGGCUCAAUCUGACCGUGAGGUCAGAGCCCGUGAAGGCAGUCAUGGGUUGAGAACCGACAGAUCAUACAAAAGGUACAAGCGCUCGAUUGACAACCAUCCACCGGGGCUCAACCCGCCCAUGACUUACGCUUCUCCUCCCGCUCAGAUUGACACCAUCCCUGGAAACUCUCAGCGUGGCACUCACGAAAUAGGCUUUCUUUCAGAGCAAUCUCCUGCGAGUGCCAACGUGGUGGUACAGCCUGUCGUUCCCCCAACGAAAGCAGACGGGGGCGGAAAGUCGACAAUCUCAACACUUUCAGGGUUUCUCAAUAAGAUGAGAGGGAAACGCAGGUCCAAACUAAGCUCUGCCCAUCUAUCCGAUGGUGACGAGGAUGGAGAAGAGCUUCUGGGACAUCAAGAACCAAACACUCGUGAGAAGUUACCUCAGUCUUGGACCGCGGGUAGUCACCGCGCCAACAAUACAGAGCAAGAAGAAAAACAACCAGUGUCUGAUGACAAACUUCAAAACCGUGAGGUUGUCAUCGUGGAGACUUCCAAUGGUCAGCAUAUGCUCAAGUGUCGUAAUCACCAAAAGAGUACCUCGGGAUCCUAUCAACGGGUAGAGCAACAAUCUUGGCUCGAAACACAAACGUCGGCUGAUCUCGCUAGCGAUUCAGGAGCUCGAUCAGUUGCUGAUCAUACACUACAGCACAGGCUCUCUCAAUGUGAGUCGGUUGACUCUAGCGAGACAGUCCAACAGCAUCCACUCAAUGACUGCAGACCCUUCACCUUAGCUACUUCACAGACAACAAGUAUAGCUCAACAUGACCGGCCCAACUCGUCCUCUAAGACUACUACAAAUAUCCACGGCCCAGGAGAGAAGCAGGCACUGUUGGUCUGUGAAAAUUCCAACGUAACAGAGCUUCAGCAGAAGAUUUCCAAGUUCCGUCAAACACAUACUCUGACUGUUUGCGAGGAUAUCUCCAAACCUACGAUAGACGAAUCAACCACCACAGAAGCUGGCAAUACAACUUCGGCGCAGCCGAACGUCACAGAAACGCAUGGAGGAAAUGAUCAACACAAUCUGAGCGACUGUGUUAGCAUCGGACCAGCUUUGGAAGUUAGCCACACCCUUGCAAUUUACGAAGAAUCGAACUUGUCUGCCGCUCAACAACAAAAUGUCUCAAGCUGUCAUGAACUUAUUCAAUGUAGCUCAGCAAUUUCCCAACAGAACAAAUCUGAACAGCACGAUCUGGCCGGCUGCGUUGAUAUUGUGACACAAAAGCCAGCCAAUGACCACACACUUGAAACAUGUGAGCGGAAAAACCAGCUCCAGCAUCUAAAAAUUGCUUCGCAUCACAGUAUUGAAGAGUGCACUUCAGGGACCAGUUUUGACAUAGUGGCACAGCACGAAAUGGCAGAAUGCGAUGUUGACACUGACUUAUCGUCUCCUAAACGACAUACUCUGAUAGAAUGUGAGAGCGAUAAUCAGACUUCCAGAUCCAUACAGCCAGUUUCUCAUGUGCUCACAGGUUGCGAGUCAAAAGAUACUGUCGUUAUCACAUCACAGCAUGGUCUCAAAGACUGCAAGUUCGAAAGUGGAAUAUCUACCCCAGUCGGUCAUUCUCUGCUGAGCUGCGAAGGGAAAAAUCAAAAACAAAUUAAGGAGGCUCAAAGUCUCACUGAGAUGAACCUAUUGAUCGGAGACAUAACCGAGAAAAGCGGAUUUGGACAAAAUAUGUCCGAAGGUUCCAAUGACCCUGUGGGGUUCAAGGCACGUGCUAUGGGUGUUCUGAAUGACAUAGUACCUACUAGCGGUAAGAAUAAUAAGGGAAGACCACCCAUUAACCGCCUGUCGAGCUGUCCAAAUCCUAGCUCAGACUUUAGCCCUCCUGCUGAGGGUGUGACCUCGAACCAUCAGGCAGAAAACGCACAAUUAACUAAUAGAGGCGAAGAAACAAUAUCUUUCGAUCAUCAGAACAAAGUACGAUACGGCAACGGCAAGUCCUUGUCGUUUGAACAGCAAGAAAGCACUGGUAGCGGGUCCAUCAAAUUCAAGACUGGAACACGGCGCGAAAUGAAGAGAAUUCGUUCAGAAGAAGUCUUGAAAGACAAAGCAGAGCAGAAGUCUAAGAAAUCAGAGCUUGCUCGAAAGAUGGUUGAGAGCUUGGAGGAAGAAGAAUUCAUAAACCAGAUUUCUUUGGCUCAAAAUACGCCCGAAAGACCUAAUACUGUUGGUCCGGGUCACAUCAAGAGCCCAACACGAGCGAAGUUGGGAAUGCGCCGGACGAAGAGUGAUUAUGGUCAGACGGCAUUAAGCGACGAUGAGGAAGAGGAGGAGAUGUCGGGUGUCCUUGUUGCUCAUGACAAUAAGCCAAAUCCAGGCAGCGGGUUAACUUCAUUCUUUGCCAAGUUGACUGGAAAGGGGUCUGCUUAG